CACCGAAAAACUUCAGAAAUACCAAAGAUUCUUACUUUUUGGCAUUCGUUAAUUCUAAAGUUUUAUUUAAACAUGUGAAAUGGAUGUCAUAUUAUUUAAAAUGCCAAGAAGAAUCUAAAACAAUGCAAUUAGGGAAACUCUACUCUCUAUACUCGGGAGGGUCGUUGUUGGUUUGCCUAUACCGCGGGCUCAUCUCCUUCGACUAUGCUUGAAUCGGAUCGUUCACGAUGUAACGCCAGAUUGAAGACGACCUCGAUGAUCUAGACAUUAUGGACCGUCAACGAAAGAAACCGAAAGAUUCAAACCAGUAUCACCAAAAUAAGGCCAACAUGACUGGAUCUAAAUCAAGGGAAGGAAAGGAAAUCCCACAGAGAAAAGCUAAGGACAACAUAAGCAAUGGCGGAUUGAUAGCAAAGCUUCACAACUUAGACAUUUCAUUGUCCGGAAAUUUAAGCUUUUGCGCGGACAAGGCGUCUGGACGAUGGAGAACACUCAUGAUAAUCUUGGAGAUAAGCGGACACGGAGUUCCGUGGAUAGCUGGGACUGUCUUUUCCAUCCUUAUGUUCUCAGAUUUGAAACAAGAGUUUGCAUGCAAUUUACUCCUUGCUCUGAUGCUUGAUCUAGCCGUAGUAGGCACUUUGAAAGUUGCUGUGCGACGGAAGCGACCUAUCUAUAACGAAAAGGAUAUGUUUGCGACAGUUUCUGUGGACAAUUAUUCGUUUCCUUCCGGCCACUCUACCCGAGCAGCAAUGGUUGCUGGUCUGUUUUCAGCAUUUUUGAGUGAUGGCUGUUGGAGGAUUCUUAUUGGCUUAUGGGCCCUGUGUGUAUCAGCGUCACGUGUUAUACUUGGUAGGCAUCACUUGAGUGAUGUGUUAUGUGGCGUUUUAAUUGGCUUGUUACAGGCCCGGACUGUUUUUGUAAUGUGGCUACCAAAUGACACUUGCCAGGAAUUGCUAACACUUGUGCCAUACUUUGGCAAACGUAGGCAUCAAGUGGCUGUGAUAUAGGCUAUAUCUUUGAUCGCCCUUUCUUGCAACAAGGGGCAGGGGAGGGGGAAAAUAUGGUUCCAUAAAGUCAGGGAAUUUUGCAUACAUUUGUAUGCUGGGGGACAUACAUGAAACUCUCCCCUCUCCCCAGGAUACAACUAACUCAAGGUACAUUUGAGCUGAACUUGUGAUACAUAAACCCUAGGGUACAAGCAUCUCUAGAAUUUCUCAGCUCUACAAGCUUAAUAACAGUAAUUGCAAUUUCGAAAGACAUGACUCAAAACUUGAAUGCAUUACUAAUACAGUGGAUGCUCUCUUAACAGAUACCCUUGUAAGCGGACAGCUCUACUAACAACCACCUUUGCUAAAUCCCAUUUGAACUCAUACAGACUAUGUAUUUACUCAUUCCCAUGAGUGUACAUUCUCGCAAGCAGCCACAGACACUUUGAGGGCUUACCAUUUAGACUUUGUUUUCCUUUGUGUUUAAGCUCCCAUAGGCGGACAACCGAAAGGAAAUCCCAUGUAUAUUGCGUACAUGUAGUGUUGCAGUUAAUACUGCAGUUAGAAUCUGUAUAUUUGUAUAGUACGACAUUAACCUUUUUACAGUUAUCACCAUUAUCAAAAACCAAAAACUUAUUUGAAACAGUGGUAUUUUUUGCAUUCCCAAUCUUUACUGUUAGCUGGGCAAGCACCUGUGAGUGGGCAUAUACACCUUACAACUCUAGUGGCCGCUUACAAGAACCAUUCUUGUAAGUGGCCAGUCCCAGUUACAUAUACGAACACCUCUUUUGCGUCCCAAAGGUGUCCAAUUACUAGAGCUUCCACUGCAUUCAUAGCCUGCGAACGCAGACGUAUUUCCGGCUGUCGCUUGUGUCCGCCGAAAAUAACGUCUGCGAACCCAAGCCAG